AAUUCUUUUGUGUAAAUUUCUGGGCAUUUCUUCUUUUAACUCUUCUUGUCUUUGAAUGAGAAUUAUAUUUCUGUUUUAAUGAGAAAAAGGUAUACUAGAAAAGCAAUAUCAAACAGUAACAGCUAGUGAUUCUUGUGGUUCUCCUUGUUACUAGAAUAAAGUUGUGUUGGCAACUUUGGCUAUGAAAAAAAAGACAUAUUCUUCAAUUAGUAAAGAGUCUUUAACACGGUAAUAGAAAAUUAUUAUCUUUGGGACAACUUUAGGUUUUAGAUGAAAUCAUGUUGGCCUAUAAUCAGCUUGUUUAAAAGUUUAAACCAUUCAAACAUGGAAAUUUUUGUCUAUAAAUGAACUUGUAUUUUUGAUGUUGUGAAGCAAAAUGAUUCGUGGAAUUAUUUGUUUAUGAAAAGAAUUAUCUUCAAGGCUGCUUGUGGCUGUGAUGAGUGCUGACUUGCAUGAUGUGACAGGUAUCAGUAUAUGAUAGCAUUAGAAUCACACUUUAUUGUUAAAGUGCAAUGCAAUGACAAAUAUAGCCCUUUUCUCCUGUGUUUAACCUCAAAUUGUUUCUUGGAAAUUUCUUCUGUAAUUGCCUUACCAAGUCAAUGAACAAAGUCGAUUUGGAAUAGAUGCUUUAUCGUAUUGACUAGGUGGAUUCUUUGGAGAAGAAUUUGGCAGCAGGAAUUGGGGAGAGUUGCAAGACAAGGAUGUUCUAUGGGCUACAAUCUCAAGACACCUUGGAGAUUAACUGAAUUGGAAAACCAAAAGAUUCCUCGCAUUGCUCAAACUGCUGUGUCUAAUAGUAGCUUCACACUAAAUCAAGUUACAGGGUACUGCUCGGUAGACUUGAAACUAGGGAAUUCAGGUGAUUUGGAAGACAAAUUGGUGGAGAAGUUUUCAGGUCCAGGGGACUCUUUAAUGGAGUCAUCAUCAUCUGGUUCAUCAAAAAGAGUUCGCACCCCUGCCAAUGGAACACAUAUCCCCUCAUGCUUGGUUGAUGGAUGUGCUUCAGACCUUAGCAAAUGCAGGGACUAUCAUCGACGGCAUAAAGUAUGUGAGCUCCAUUCUAAGACUCCUAAGGUUUUUAUUAAAGGUCUGGAGCAACGGUUUUGUCAGCAGUGCAGCAGGUUCCAUUCCUUGGUGGAGUUUGAUGAGGGAAAACGAAGCUGCAGAAAACGUCUUGAUGGACAUAACCGCCGCAGAAGGAAGCCUCAGCCUGAUUCAAUGCCUGUAAAUUCUGCAAGGUUAUUUUCCAAUCAUCAAGAACUAGAGGCUAAGAAGAUAAGGUUUCAAGCCUUGCUGAAGUGUCUAUGCCAUAUUGCAGGGACAAGAUAUCUGCAAUUUGGAGGUUCCCAAAUAUUUUCGACUACUGGUGCGAGCUCUGGUUGGGCUGGGGCUGUGAAACCUGAGAAUGAUCCCAUGCUUUAUACUAAUCAAUCCUCUGUUAACUUCAGCAGUGGAAAAAACCUUUUUCCUGGAUCGAUGUCUCAUAGCUAUAGAGGUGGAAAGCAGUUCCCAUUCUCACAUUGUACUAGUUCUACCCUUCCUGGAGAAUCUGUUUGUCAAACUAUUCUUGAUGUUCGUUCCACAUUAGGCAGUAGCAGUGGCAAUCAGAAAAUGUUCUCUGAUGGUGUAAACCAAGUCAUUGACUCAAAUGGUGCUCUCUCUCUUCUGUCAUCGCCACAAGCUGAGACUCGGGAGAUUGGCUUGAGCCACAUGGUGCAGCCUGACCUAAACCCCCCAGCUCAAUCCUUGAUUCCAAGCUUAAACUUUAGCAAUCUUGGAAUGGAAGGUGGACCAGUAGAAUCUGUUUUGGUCUCUGAUGGAAGUCACAACGGCAAUCUCCAUAGCCAGGAUAUGUUUCAAACUGGACCUGAUGAAUCAUCUGCCAGUGGUUCUCACCAGAGACUUUCCUUCUCUUGGGAGUAGUAACCUGUACCAUUUCUGAUUCUUCCUUUUUUAUCAGAUGCUCUACAUUAUGUGAAAAAUAAAAGGGGUUUAUCGACCUAAACUAAAAGAUUGUUGUAAUAUUGUUGCCAUGCUACCGAGUCAUGCGAACCCCGAAGAAUUCUAAGUUGCUAUAGUAGAUGCGUGCAUUUUCUUUUAAUCCUUUUUUCCUCUCUUUUUGAACACUAAACAGUGAAAUUUUCACUGAUGUUAGACAUGCAUUUUGUCAGGAAAAUAAUUGCAACAUUGUUGCUCCUCGUAAGUGUUAACUGAGUGCUAUUAGCUUCUUAUAAAACUUAUCAUGGGAUGGAUUUUUUUUA